AAUUGGCAUGUUUUAUUGGUGCGUUUCUCUAUCCUCCAGGCAGAGAGAGAGAGAGACCUGAAACGGAGACUAGAGAGAAUUAGCAAGCAAGGCGCAGCGAAGGGAAACGAUUCUUCUACUGUGACGGGAAACCAAAAAAAUGUCGGGCAAGAGUGUUUAUAAUUUGCUUCAGGAUAAUGUGAGCAAGCCUCGCUUCUGCAAGUCUUUGUCUUCGGGAGAAACUUGGAGUUCUAAAUCCGUGAGGAUUAUCCCGGAAGAGUUCGUGAGAAGCGCGCCUGGAGCUUUUGAACACAGAGUGGUGUUCAGUGUUCGUUGGGGAAAUUCCUGGCAACUCUGGCUCCAGCGAGACAAGAACGGUCUGUUUAUGGAAGAAGAGGACUGGGAUGAGUUUGUGAGUGAUAACUUCUUAGGACCAAAUGAUGUCUUGCUCUUCACACACGCAGACACUAUGUUCAUUGAAGUGCAAAUCUAUAAACAAAGUUCGUACCACUUGAAAGAGAUCACUUCAGCUCCUCUCCAAGCUGAUCCCCAAGCUGAAGUGGUUACCCCCAUGCCCCAGACUUCUCCACCGGAAACCCAUGCCCCUGCCCCUGCAUCUACAAGUGGAGCGAGACAGGCCGGUGCUCAUGUCAAUAGUCCUGAGCAGUACCUCUCAAAUCCGAGUAACCCUUUCUUUGUGAAGACGCUGGGUAAAAAGAUUGAUGUUUUGUAUGUGAGCCAUCUGGUGACUGAGAAGUAUGGCUUGCAGUUUGGUCCCCACAAUUCCACCAUGUUUUACCUCCUUCCCAACGAAAAAAUCGAGGCAAACACUAAGAUCUACGGAGGGUGUGCUUGUUUCAAUGGCUGGGCUGCUAUAUGUCGAAAGUACAAGCUCAAGCAAGGAGACGCUGUUGUUUGUGAGCUUGAGCGCUCAGGAGGUGUGGUCACGGCUGUUAGACUGCAUUUCCCCAACGAAUAAAGAUAUUUGAGUCUUCUCCAGUCUCCUUCCUAUGAGUUAUAGCGUAGUGGUAAGUUUCUCAUAAAGAUGAUUGUAAUGCUAUAUGCUACCCUUUAUGUUGGGAUAAGUAUCUCUUAACAGUUCAAGACUUAAACUAAGAGUAAACACAAUCAACUUGAUGUUGCUGACUUUUAUUCUUGUAAGUUUGUAGCUAUAAAUGGCAACCUUCAUGUGCCUUCUCAUGCAAGAAAACACAAUAUAGCCCUAAAUAAACGGUCACCUUUUACAUCUCUUUCGAAUAAAAUCAAAAA